UGCUGGAGCUCCGUGGCUGGGCAAAGCCUCCCUCCCCAUUUUCGGGGUGGUUUUGUGCCGGCUGGAGGAGAACAACAGCCUGGAGGCUCCGGCCGUGUCCCAGGGCCGAUCCCGCGGAGCAGGGGGGGCGCAGCGGAUCAAAGGCGGCAGCCCCGGGCUGCGGGGACAAUAAAUGAGAUUUCCAGAGACUUUGCUGCGGGCUGAGGCUCAGCUGCACCAGCCGGGGGGGGUCUGGCUCCUGCUGCGGGGGACCCGCGUCCCCUCGUCCCCGGGCUGCGGGGACAGCCAGAGCCCAGCGGGAGAUUUGGGGAGGGUCUGGCGGGCAGGGACACCGCAAACCAAGGGCAGCGUGUCCCCAGCAGCGGGGGGACACAGGGGACAAGCGCAGGAGGAUUCCCGUCCUUUGGGAAUCCCGUUUUGGACAAAUCUCCCCGCCAGAGCCAGGGCUGGCAGCUCCGGGAGGGCUCCGGGGGGGAUCGGUGCCCACCUGGGGACAGCAGAGCCGGGGACACCGGGGAGGGCAAAACCCCGCCCGGGGACACCAAAACCCCGCCCGGGGACACCGGGGAGGAUAAACCCAGCCCGGGGACACCAAAACCCAGCCCGGGGACACCAAAACCCAGCCCGGGGACACCAGGGACGGCAAAACCCAGCCCGGGGACACCGGGGAGGGCAAAACCCAGCCCGGGGACACACACGGGGACACCGGGGAGGGACCAGCCGGGCUAUAAAAGGCAGCCCCGGCGACACCGAGAGCCGCCAGCGCUCCCCGUGGACACCGGGCUGGGGCGCGCUCACCUGGCUGCUCUCGCUGGGAUGAAAAAGCCGAAGGGAUGCAGCCUCUGUAGCGUUUGCUGCUGUUUCUAAGGAGGAUUUCUCUUUCCCCUCGGAUUUACCUGCGCAGGGGAUGCACAAGGCGAGCAGGGCUGGGAGAAACAGGGAUUUGGGAAGGUUUGGUGGAAAGGAGAGAAGCACCAAGGGCUGAACGGGGAUUUGGGAAUGUUUAGUGCAGAGGAGAGAAGGACCAAGGGCUGAACCAGGGGCUCCUGCACCUCUGGCUCCACAGGAAUAUCUUCAGCCCGGGCAGAGAGGGAACUGUAGCUGGCGCAGGGUUAGUGUGACCUGCCCUGUGCUGGGCACCGCUGGAGCAGAGGAGCUGGAGCUCAGGGGGACACAGGGAAGGGGACAAGAGGACAUCAGAGAGGAGCCUUGGAGCCCUGUGCUCCAGCAGAGCCUCCCCGAGGGAUGGAGCCGGGCUGGGGCUGGAAUAGCUCCCGGCAGAGCCCCCCUGGGCACGGCCCGGGGCUGCCGAGCCCCGCAGGGGACCCCAACCUGACGGUGCUGCACACCCGGGACGAGGAGCUGGCCAAGGCCGAGGUGGGCGUGCUGGGCACCAUCCUGGCCGUGGCCACCGUGGGCAACCUGGGCGUGCUGCUGGCCAUGUACCGGCUGAGGAGGAAGAUGAGCCGCAUGCACCUCUUCAUCCUGCACCUGGGCAUCACUGACCUGGGCGUGGCGCUGUUCCAGGUGCUGCCGCAGCUCCUCUGGAAGCUCACCUACCGCUUCCAGGGCCCCGACCCGCUCUGCAGGGCCGUCAAGUACCUGCAGGUGCUCAGCAUGUUCGCCUCCACCUACAUGCUGAUGGCGAUGACGCUGGACCGCUACCUGGCCGUGUGCCGCCCGCUGCGGUCGCUGCGGCAGCCCGGCCGCCAGGCCUACGCCAUGGUCGUGGCCACCUGGCUACUGAGCUGCGUGCUCAGCGUGCCCCAGGUGUUCAUCUUCUCGCUGCGGGAGGUGCGCCCGGGCUCGGGGGUGCUGGACUGCUGGGCGGAUUUUGGGUCUGUGUGGGCAGCGCGAGCCUACGUCACCUGGACCACGCUGUGCGUCUUCGUGCUGCCCGUGGGCGUGCUGGGCCUCUGCUACAGCCUCAUCUGCCACGAGAUCUGCAAGAACCUCAAGGGCAAGACCCAGGGAGGAGCGGUGGCUGCCCCAGCAGGCCCAAACCCCGCGGGGAAGGGGAGGAAGGGGCAGGGGCAGGGGCAGGGCGGGCAGGCCUCGCGGGUGAGCAGCGUGCGCAGCAUCUCCCGCGCCAAGAUCCGCACGGUGAGGAUGACCUUCGUCAUCGUGGCCGCCUACGUGGCCUGCUGGGCGCCCUUCUUCAGCGUGCAGAUGUGGUCGGUGUGGGACGAGGACGCCCCUGGUGACGAGUCCACCAACGUGGCUUUCAGCAUCACCAUGCUGCUGGCCAGCCUCAGCAGCUGCUGCAACCCCUGGAUCUACCUGUUCUUCAGCGGGCACCUGCUGCAGGGCACCGGGCGCUGCCCGCGCUGCUGGCGCCGCCCCCGGGCCGGGCUGCGCAGACCCAACUCCAGCGGGAGCCUGUGCAGCAGGAGAACCACGAUCCUGAGCCACAGCCACGGCCACGGGGCUGCCCUGUGUGACAGCGCCAGGGACACAGACCCGCCCUGCGACGAGGGCGUGACGGAGUCGGGAACGCUCUAG